AACUUAGAGUCCCAAAGUACAAUAGUUUUCCAUCUCCUUUCCCUGUUAAGUGCUACAAUGGCUCCCCAAGGACGAGACAAUGCAAAGCAAGUUACAGUAACAACAAUCGCUCUUCUGCUUUGCAUCUUCAUCCCAUUCAAGAUCGCAUAUGCUGCUACCUACAUCGUUGGUGAUAGUUUGGGCUGGAAUUUCAAUGUUAGGGACUGGCCUAGUGAGAAGACAUUCACUGUAGGUGACACACUUGUUUUCAACUACGAUACGUCAUUACAUAAUGUGGUGGAGGUAGACAUCCAUGGAUACAAUAAUUGUCAAGUUUCCUCAAGGUUUAAGACCUUCACUAGCGGUAAUGAUUCGAUUAAAUUGUUAGCUGCAGGACAUAACUAUUUCAUUUGUGGUUUCUCGGGGCACUGUAAUAAGGGAAUGAAGAUUGACAUCAAUGUGAUUUGAAGGAAUUCAAGAAAAUAUUUUUCAUGUUUAUAUGGUUGAUUACCAUAUUCAACUUGUAUUUUGAUGAUCAAAUUGGCUUUUCUAUGAUCUAGACCAUUUUAGAAUUGAAUAAAGGAAAUGUCCAAUGUUAUGUGA